AACCCCUUCCUUCCGUCUUCUUCACUGUCUAUCAAAAACCCUAACUCGAGCUCGGAUCACGCGCUGCCAUGGCCAACAGACGGUGUCUCCACACUCUGGCCCGCCACUCUUCAGCUUUCUUCUCCAAAAACCAUUCUUCCCUUCAUUACCUCACCAUUCCCACACAGCAACCGCUUCAAACCAUCUCCACCAAAUUCUCAUUGCUUUCAACCAAUCCAUGCUCUGCUCGGCGCGAUCAAUGGUCUCAGACUUGCCAUUUCUCAUCGAAAACCGGCAAUGAAGACACCGAAGACGAAAACGAUGAUGACGAUGAAGAAGAUUACGAGAGUACCGAUGACGAAGGAGUCUCGGGGCCGAGCACUGGUGUGAAAAGAGAGUAUACGCCAGAAGAGAAGGAAGCUGAGGCUGCUGCUAUUGGUUACAAGGUCGUUGGACCGCUUGAGAGGUCCGAUCGAGUUUUCAAGCCUUACGAACCUGUUUUCGCCGUUGUUGAGAUUGGUUCGCACCAGUUCAAGGUCAGCAAUGGAGACUGCAUUUUCACUGAAAGAUUGAAAUUUUGUGACAUUAACGAGAAGAUCAUUUUGAAUAAGGUUUUGAUGCUGGGAUCUAGUACGCAGACAAUAAUUGGUAGGCCCAUAGUGCCAGAUGCAAAUGUUCAUGCAAUUGUUGAAGAACAUGCAUUGGAUGCGAAAGUACUUAUCUUUAAGAAAAAGAGGAGAAAGAACUAUCGUCGAACCAAAGGACAUCGCCAGGAACUGACUAAAUUGAGGAUAAUCGACGUUCAAGGAAUUGAGAAACCCGAAAUCAUAGAAGAGCCAAAGACUCCAAAACCACCCGGUAAGAAGCAAGAAAAGGUUGCAGUUACUGCAUAGACAAACUUUUCUCAUAGGCUAUUUUGGCAUUAGUGGCAUUUUUAAGGCUACUUUUUCUUGAACCACAUGAUCAUACAUGUUAUAGCAGAAGAUCUUUCCAUGGAAUAUUGUUGAGGUAGAUGUCAUAUGGGGAAUCAGUUUGCUUCUGUAAUUCAUAUUUUUGCCUUUUUGUAAUUUAGAAGUUAAAAAAAAAAAAAGAAGAAAAUUAUCAAAAGCAUUCUGCUGAAUGAAUAAGUUUUGUUCCCAAUUGGGAUGAGUUCUUUAGUGGGGUCUUGAAGAAACUUAAAAAAUCACCGGCCUUUUCUCUUAUAUGAUUAGAAUUAAGCCUUAAAAAGCACUUGUUUCAUUAUUUUUCAUUGGUCUAUUUGUGACCAUUCUAAUGAAAUGUUUGGUUAAAGGCAUAAAGCCAAUAAUGUGACAUUAUUGCCUAAA